AUGGCAAAGUUUUCUGAACAGGCAUUAGAUUUCAUGGGCUAUCAAUUGGCAUGGGCCUUUGAUAAUGGAUCCACACAAGAAUCACUAGAGGAGCUUAAACAAGCCUUGACACAACAGAUUGAUUUUUCAAGUAACAUCCCAGCAGGCCAUUGGUUAACAUUAUUUGAUAAUCUGAUCAAGCAACUCCACAAAGAACCACGCAGGGAUCAAUAUUUGCAUGUUACUUAUGCCAGACUCAGUGUGGAUAACAAUCCCCCUCAUUUCCGCUGUGCAUCUGUACAUUAUCUGCCAAGUCAUUCAUCCAACUUGCUUGAGCUCAUAGGAUUCAGGGAUGUAACUUGGGAACCUGAAGAAGGUGAAAUCUCUCCAAAGGAGGAAAACAAAGAUUUCUCUCUCUUAAACUUCUUAGCAAGGAAUGGAUCAAAGGCCCAGAGGAGUCUUCCGUAUAUCCCAAUGGAAUUCAUUGAAGGAAAUGGCUCCUGA